AUGGCUCAAGACUCCGCUUCCAUGAAUCCAGCUGGUGAGCCGACAGGCCCCAAGGUGGAUGCCCCUCCUCAGGCCAAUGAUCAGCAGAACGCCGGCCAGGAUGCAGGCGCGCCCAAGGUGAAGAGCGAGAAAGAACUGGAACGAGAACGCAAGAAGGCGGAGAAGUUGAAGAAGUUCCAAGAGAAACAGGCAAAGGCCGCAGCUAAACCCGGCGCCCCCAAAGCAGAAAAGAAGGUCAACAAGGUCGAGAAGGACAAGACAACCGAUGCAUACGAUCCCAAGGUUAUUGAGGCUGGGCGAUACCAAUGGUGGGAGGAGCGUGACCUUUUCAAGCCUGAAUUCGGCCCUGAUGGCAACGUCAGGCCGGAAGGCUACUUCGUUAUCCCAAUUCCUCCUCCAAACGUCACUGGAUCACUGCACAUGGGCCACGCGCUCACAAAUGCUCUCCAAGAUACCAUGAUCCGUUGGCAGCGCAUGAAGGGUAAAACUACCCUGUGGCUCCCUGGCAUGGACCAUGCCGGUAUCUCAACACAGAGCGUGGUUGAGAAAAUGCUGUGGAAGAAGGAAAAGAAGACACGCCACGAUUUGGGCCGUAAAGAAUUUUUAGACAGGGUUUGGGAUUGGAAGCACGAGUACCAUGGCAACAUCGGCAAUGCUCUGCGCAGAGUAGGAGGCUCAUUUGAUUGGACUCGAGAGGCUUUCACCAUGGACGACAAUCUGUCCGCGGCUGUUACUGAAACUUUUGUUCGUCUCCACGAGGAGGGCGUUAUCUACCGUGCUAACCGCCUCGUUAACUGGUGUGUGGCUCUCAACACUUCUCUGUCCAACCUCGAGGUCGAAAACAAGGAGGUUGAAGGACGUACACUGCUUGAUGUCCCCGGGUAUGAGAAGAAGGUUGAGUUCGGUGUUUUGACUCACUUCUGCUACGAAAUUGAUGGUACGAACCAGAGAAUAGAAAUCGCUACAACCCGUCCUGAGACCAUGAUUGGUGAUAGCGGUAUUGCCGUCCACCCUGAAGACAAGCGCUACAAGCAUUUGGUUGGCAAAUCUGCUCGUCACCCCUUCAUUGACCGAUUACUCCCCAUCGUUGCUGACCCCGAGGUGGACCCCGAAUUCGGUACUGGUGCCGUGAAGAUUACUCCGGCUCAUGACUUUAACGAUUUCAACCGUGGAAAGGCCCAUAACCUUGAUUUCAUUUCUGUCCUCAACGACGAUGGCACCUUUAACAAGAACGCUGGCCCAUUCACUGGCAUGAAGCGCUUCGAUGCUCGGUACAAGGUCGUCGACAUGUUGAAAGAGAAGGGGUUGUAUGUGAAGUGGGAGAACAACCCCAUGAAGAUCCCUCGUUGUGCGAAGUCAAAUGAUGUCAUUGAGCCCAUUCUCAAGCCUCAGUGGUGGAUGAAGAUGGAGAGCCUUGCUGAACCCGCCAUUAAGGCAGUUGAAAAUGGCGAUAUCAUCAUCAGACCCGAGUCAGCCGAAAAGAGCUAUUUCCGCUGGUUACGGGGCAUCAAUGACUGGUGCUUGUCCCGACAACUUUGGUGGGGUCACCAAGCACCGGCCUACUUUGUGCAGAUUGAGGGUGAAGAAGGCGAUGAUAGCGAUGGCAACCUCUGGAUCACCGGCCGCAAUGAAGAGGAGGCUCAGAAGAAGGCUGAAGCCAAGUUCCCUGGCAAGAAGUUUACUCUCAAGAGAGAUGAGGAUGUGCUAGACACUUGGUUCUCUUCAGGACUGUGGCCAUUCUCCACUCUUGGCUGGCCUCGUCAAACUCACGACUUUGAGAAGCUGUAUCCUACAUCUGUUCUUGAAACCGGCUGGGAUAUUCUUUUCUUCUGGGUCGCGAGAAUGAUCAUGCUAGGUAUUAAGAUGACUGGCAAGGUUCCAUUCAAGGAGGUGUACUGUCAUUCCUUGAUUCGGGAUUCUGAGGGACGUAAGAUGUCGAAGUCCCUUGGCAAUGUUAUUGAUCCUUUGGAUGUUAUGGAGGGUAUCAAGCUGGAUGAUCUUCAUGCUAAACUCCUUGUUGGAAACCUUGCCGACAAGGAGGUUGCUACCGCUACCAAGUAUCAAAAGAAGGCAUUCCCUAAGGGUAUUCCGGAGUGCGGCGCUGAUGCUCUUCGUUUCUCGCUUGUGUCUUACACGACUGGUGGAGGUGAUAUUGCAUUCGACGUCCAGGUCAUUCACGGAUACCGUCGAUUCUGUAACAAGAUCUACCAGGCCACUAAGUACGUUCUGGGCAAGCUUGGUGAUGACUUCAAGCCUCAGGCAACAGCAUCAAAGACCGGGAAGGAAUCUCUUUCCGAACGCUGGAUUCUGCACAAGUUCAACACUGCCGCCAAAGAGGUAAACACGGCACUGGAGGAUCGUGACUUCUCUGUUGCUGCUUCCACAAUCUACCAAUACUGGUACAGCCAGCUCUGCGACGUGUUCAUUGAGAACUCCAAGUCUCUCCUGGCUCCCGAGCUGCCACAGGAAGUGCAACAAUCUGCGAAAGAGACUCUAUAUACAGCUUUGGAGGGCGCUUUGACCAUGAUCCAUCCCAUCAUGCCUUUCGUCACCGAAGAAUUAUGGCAGCGCCUUCCUCGCCGUCCUGAUGACAACACUAUUUCAAUAAUGAAGGCCAGGUUCCCCGAGUACAAGGCAGAAUUUGAUGACUCUACGGCUGAGACUGCUUACGAGCUCAUUCUUAAUACCUCAAAGGCCGUUCGAUCGAUUCUUGCCCAAUACGAUGUUAAGACCAAGGGCGAUAUCAUCGUACAGACAUACGACCCGACCAGCUUCAAGACCGUCUCGGAUGAACUGCAUAUCGUCAAGUCCCUCGGUGGUAAAACACUCGGUGAGCUUAGUGUUCUAGGACCGGAGAACACCACCCGUCCAUCCGGCUGCGUGGUCGCCGCUGUUGGUUCCCAGGCUGCUGUCUAUCUUCGCGUGUCCAAAGAAGUAGCCCUUGAACAAGAAGAAAAAGGGAAAGCCAGCUUAAACAAGGCGCAGGAGGCUGUGCGUCGCCAGACUAAUCUGAUCAGCGGCGCUGGAUGGAAGGAGAAGGCGAAGCCUGAGGUGCGUGAGCAUGAAGAGAAGAAACUCCGGGAUGCGGAAAGCGAGGUUGCUCGGUUAGAGGAGCAAAUUCGUGAAUUCGAAAAGCUGCGACUGGAGUAG